AUGGAACCAGAGCCGACCAUUAGCGCUCUCCUCAAGGCUGUCACAGCCCUCACAGCCACUGUUGGGUCCUUACAGGACCAAAUCCGCUCCCAAGGCCAACAGCUCAGCAAGCUCAAAGCCAUAUGCAAAGAGACCGCGGACCUUCUCGGAGACAAGGACCAAGGGGGAACCACCCAAACCCAAGCACAGCCUGGCCCAUCGACUGGGCCUAUCACCCCUCCUUCUCAUACAGAAGGACAAGCCGACACUCCAAGAACGGCUAGGCCUGGGCUCAGGGACCCCUUCCGCCCCACCAGAGGCACCACUGGGUACGACUCCGAGGAAGAACAACCAAGGAGGAUCAAGGAAGAACCUUGCGGAGCGCUUAGGGAUCUAAGGACCCUCACCCCCUUCAGCUCGGGCUCGGACACCAAACGUCCCAAAAUGGAGCUACCGGACCCAUUCAAAGGAGAUAUCCAAGGACGAAAGGCGGUCCAAUGGUUAGACCGCAUGCUGUUAUGGGGGGCCCUUCACAGGGACCAAUUUGAGGAAGACGAGCAAUUGAUUGUCUGGAUCCUCUACCACAUGGAGGAUAAAGCCGCUGAUUGGGCACUCCCUAUCAUUGGGAAUAUCAUCAAGGGUGAAACCAAUGCCCCCACAACCAUCCCGGCCAUGACAACCAAGUUCAAGGAAGCCUUUGCGGACCCUGAUGCCAAAAGGGCAGCCGCAAGGAAGAUAGCCGCGCUAACUCAGACUACCACCACGGCUGAGUAUGUCACCGAAUUCCGCAACCUUAUGGCGGAACUUGACUGGAAUGAAGAGGCAUACAUCGCCCAAUUCACGCGCGGCCUUCAAUGGAAGGUCAAGGAACUCCUGUCUACCAAAGACAGUAUUCCCGACGAGUUGGAGGCUAUCUUUGCCGCCUCCAUCAAAAUUGACAACAUUCGUCGGGAAAACGAGGAGAACCGGCCCAAAAAGGCCCCCACCAAGUCCCCGGUCACCGCGACCACUUCCACUACUACCACCACCCAACGGGUCCGUCUUUCUGAAGACCCAAAUUACGUUACCCCGGAAGAAAGGGACCGCCGCCGCGCGUCUGGCCUUUGUGUCAAGUGCGGCCAAAAAGGACAUGGCAUCAAGCAGUGCCCCAAUGGGUGGAAAGCCACAAUCAAGGAAGUGGCUAAGGUUGCCGAAGAUGCCGAGUUGGGAAAAGACUGA